AAUCUUUCACUUGACCCUCUAUACUCUUUAACUUCUGCAAUAAUGACAGACGAUAACCCAGACAAAGUUCUCCGGUCUUUUGUUGCAGAGGAUCCUGACUCAAAGUACACGUUCGACAGCGUUCAACGUGGCGGGGACCUGACUGAGAUUUGUCGAGAAGGGAAGAAACUCAGUAGGAAGUGCAUAAAGCUUCACAUGUAUUCCACCCAGAUGUUUCAAGCAAUGCAAACCCAAGGAUUCUAUUGUGCGCUGCCCAUAGAUCCUACACGAACGUACAUGGAAUCAUAACGGACAAUAUCGUCAAUCCACAACCACAUGUCAACCCUAUAGU